UUGCCCAACAAUCCACGAAAAAAGAUUGAUGUUCGACGUCGUGCGCCUCGCUUCAUUUAUUUUAAUGAUGUGUUAUAUAGACGAUCGUUCGACGGAGUGCUCUUGAGAUGCUUAGGCGAUGAAGAAGCUGAUCAAGCCAUUGAAGAAGCUCACUCGAGCAUCUGUGGCGCUCAUCAGUCUGGUCAGAAGCUACACUUUCAAAUUAAGAGAAUGGGAUACUAUUGGCCGACAAUGGUUAGGGACUGCAUAGAUUAUGCACAAAGAUGUCAAACGUGUCAAUUUCAUGCAAAUUUGAUCCAUCAGCCUCCUGAGUCGUUGCACCCUACUGUCUCUUCAUGGCCUUUUGAUGCUUGGGGAUUAGAUGUGGUCGGUCCUCUAACAAAGUCAGGUGGUCAUCUUUAUAUUUUGGCUGCGACCGACUACUUUCCAAAAUGGGCUGAAGCGGUUCCCUUGAAAGAAGUUAAGAAAGAAAACGUUGCUGACUUUAUUCUGGGCCUGGAGUUUAUCUUCGAGGUCAUGGAUUGUCCUGAUAGAUAUCGCAUAGUCUGCGCUCAGCUUCACCUCACUGGCGAUGCUAGGCUCUGGUGGAAUGCCUACUGGAGCAUGCGUCCCGGUGAGAAGGCGGGAUGUACGUGGGAUAUGCUCAAGGAGCUAGUCCGCGAGAAGUACUACCCCACUUAUUAUCGGGCAGAGAUGGAACGUCAGUUCUUAUCGCUCCAGCAGGGCACUCGUACAGUUGAUGAGUACGAGAGAGAGUUUACUAGACUUGCAGCUUUCGUUCCGGACCUUGUUCGCACGGAGGCCCAGAGAGCACAACGGUUCAUCGACGGGCUUUACCCAGCAGUCCGUCAUAACAUUGUGGGACAUGGGACUCAGACCUACGCUCGUGCAGUUUCUAUUGCCCAGGAGGUGGACGCCAGCAUCAGGAGGGAGGCCGUUCGUGAUCGUGCCCAGCCAUCCGCCCCAGUCCAGCCAUUCACAGCUCCACCAGCCCUACCAGCUGCUCAGCCGGCAAAGGAGAAGAAGAGGAAGGGGAAGGGUGCUCAGACUGACAGGAGGACGCGACAGAGACAGCAGCAG